AUGGCAUUCUUGCUCCUUCUUUUCCUUUUACUGCGGUUACGUGCCGCGGCCGCAGUUGAUGAUGUACCUCCCUCCAGAUGCGCAGCUGCUACGUUCCAGCCUCCUACCGUCCCUGGCGCCGAAGUCCUGUCAAUCGAAGCGGAAGAAAGGCGGGAUGUAGCCACCGCUCCGUUCUUCAUGUUCCCCGGAGUGUCUGGCUUUGACAUAUGUGACGUUAAAGUCUACCUCACCCAUCCCGGUACGGAAGACAAGGUACUCGUGCAAACGUGGCUGCCACUUGAUCAGGAGAGCUGGAACGGGCGCUACCAAGCUACAGGAGGAGGUGCAUGGGCGACAGGCUUCUUCGAUCCAUUCCUCGGACCCGCAGCAAAAACCGGCUACGCCGCAUCCGCGACGGACGGGGGCCAUGAAGGACUAGAUGCAAGCUGGGCACUGAAACCGGACCGCAGCAUCGAUUGGAACCUCUUGCAGAACUUCGCCAGCCGGAGUCUGGCGGACCAGGUCUAUGUCGGCAAGAGCAUCACGGAGCAGUUCUACGGGAGAGCUCCGCACCACUCGUACUGGAACGGAUGCAGUCAGGGUGGCCGCCAGGGGUAUGAGAUUGCGCAAAAGUACCCGGGGUUGCUGGAUGGCAUCCAUGCGGCUGCUCCCGCCAUGGAUUUCGUCAAUAUGCAAAUGGGGCUCUUCUGGCCGCAGGUCGCGAUGAAGGAAGCGGGGACUUGGUUGAGCCAAUGCGAAUAUUCCUACUUCAUGAGCCGCGCGAUCGAGGAAUGCGAUAUUCUGGAUGGCGUACGGGACGGUAUUCUCGAGGAUCCUGAACUCUGCACUUUCGAACCGGGGAAGCUCGUAGGGGACAAGAUCGAGUGUAACGGAGAAGUGGUGGAGAUCACUCCUGCCAUGGCAGAUGUCGUGCAGAAGUAUUGGCAAGGACCGACCUCGCCAUUCGGUUCGAGACUUUGGCACGGAUUCCCCAUCGGUACAACCUCAGACAUGGCCGCAAACAUCACCAUCGAUGCUCAAGGACUGCGCUCCUCCAACCCUCACUUUGUUGCAUCGUCAACCAUCCGGCACCUCCUCAUCAAAGACCCCUCCUUCAACAUUUCUAAGCUCUCCUACACAGACUACCUCGGCAACUACAACCUGCAGGCGUUCAAAGAAGCCGGUGGAAAGCUACUUACAUGGCACGGGACGAACGAUAAUGUCAUCCCGUACCAGAACACUGUGCAGUAUCGGAAGAGAGUUGAAGCUAACAUGGGCGGACCCAAGGCCGUCAAUGAGUUCUACCGUCUAUUCAUAGCACCUGGGGUAGAGCACUGCGGCCUCGGUGCGGGGCCCGUGCCGAACGAUCCGUUGCAGGCAUUAGUCGACUGGGUGGAGAAGGGGGAGCCGCCGGAACGACUGGAAGCGGAGACGGAGAACGCAAAGGGUGAACGAAUCACGAGAGAACUGUGUCCGUAUCCGAAGAAGUCGAAAUACAUGGGCAUUGGUGACGGGUUCAGAGCUUCUAGUUGGGCUUGCGAAGGUGGUGAAGAGGAGGAGGAAGAGAAAGUAGAGGGCAAAGCCGACUUCCUGGGAGGGUUGAAAGACAGGCUAGUGCAGGUAGGUGUGGGUCUGGGGUUGAGCAUCGGUUGA